GUGCUCUGCACGUGUAGAAUGUGCGUGCAUGCUGGCUGGUGCUGUAGAAAUGGAACACAGACUAAUCGAAAAUGCGAGCAAACUUUUGCAGCAAAAUGUUCAUCAAGCGACUUCUAAGCAAGCAUCGAAGUUGUUGGCAAGGCAGUCUACGGAAAACUCGGUGGAUAACUUGAUUUUCUCUGGCAAGAGAAGUGGCACUCUUCACGACUGGAUAAGCCAAGUGAAUGUCAACUUGAGUACAUCGGCAUCAAGACUUGAAGGUCUAGUUGUUCUACGAGCUAUUGUACAGCAGUGCUCUCAAGAAACAUUCUCAGAGUGCUGUGUGACGUGGGUUAGACUCCUCAUCAAUAUCUUCCAACCUCACCAAACACCCAGCAUUGUGGAGAUCACAUCAGGGAUUCUAGUGGACAUCCUCAGGAUUGCAUCUCGGAGCAAUGAAAUCUCGAGAGAUCUCGCAAUUAACCACAUCCCUGGGCUUCUGGGAACCUUACUCAAUGCUGAGUCAGAAGAGUGGCUGGUUCCUAGUCUGCGUCUUCUGUCGGUGUGUAUGGAAUGCUUCCCGGGGCCGUGUGGUGCAAUCAGUUACAAGCUGGAAGCAAUGGUCACGCCUCAUUUAGACUCCACGUAUCCUGAUAUUCAAAAGUUGUCACAGAGGUGCUACCCGUUGCUAGCUAGACUUGGAGGAGGUGGUUCUGGGGGUAUCAAGUAUACAGAGGCUUUCAAGCACUACACCAUGACCAUCUUGUACACACUCCAAACUCAGCUUGCUGUGCUUUAUGCUGACUGUUCAACAGAACCCGAGCCUACUCCCGAAGAGGGUAUUGAACCCAUAUCUCUCAGCCUCGCUCCUACAGAGGAACCCAUGAGAACCCUACACCUCACCAAUCAGCUGAAAUCUCUAAGCAACUGUCUUCAGAUUAUGCUAAGAAAUGAAUUCCCAGCCAAAGCUUCCAUCCCAGUGAAAUCCACUUUAGAGUAUAUCUCCAGCGCACUAGAAGUUACAGGGAAGACACUCGGUGAUCAUGUGACGUCAGAAUCCUCCAUGCUAGCUAUUGUCCUUCCCAGGAUUCAUCAGACUACUUUACAACUUCUUAAGGCCCUGAUUGAAAGUUGCUGUAUGAAUCACUACAAUCAUCAAAUCAACCAGAUCUUCCUCAGAAUGCUAGGAGGGACACAUUCACAGGACCAGGUCAAACCAUUCAGAAACCUGCGAGCUGAGAUCUACCGGACCAUCGUGAUGUGGCUAAAGACAGCUGGGGUAUCAUCAGGAUUUGCUACGCUUGUUGGAGAGAAGCUGAUUCAUCAAUGCAUACAAGACGCUACUCCCCCCACCAGUGCUACAAAGCUUGCAAGCGGUGUGCAGGCAAAAAGUGACAAGAAAGGUGGCAAGGUAAAGGUCAAGGGUCAAAGUGCACAUAUUACUGACCUAUCAUCCGGGGGCCAGCAGACUGACCAGUACUUUGACAGGGUGCUGUGUUUGACAGCAUUGCAAGCAUUGCGACAGUUGAUGCUUACAAGUGGAGUCAAACUAAAAGCUAAUCUACAUCAGGAUGUCUACAAGUUUGUCAUCCCCCUAUUGACAAAGAUCCAGAGCUGUGACACAUCCAACAUGCCGUCACCAUACACCUGCUGCGACUGCAGGAGGGAGCUCUACGGGAUACUCCUGGCAGGUGUGCUUGUACCCCACCCCCAGGCCCCUUCACCCCUCAACCUUGCUGUGGCAAUCUUCAAAGAGGGGAAGAAUGACAAGAGUAUAGAAGUAUCCAGUGCAUGUUGUGAAGCUGCUGUUAUUUGCGACGUCAUCAUUCACCCUCGCAGACCUCCGAUACCAUGUGCCAAACCUCAGGUCCCGCUCACUUCCAUGUCGCUCCAAGCCCCUCUCACUUCUGCACUAAGCCUUUCCCAGACACCGGAAGGACAAGUUGUUCUUGUCAUGGAAACUGAAGAUUCUGGCAAUGCAACACUUUCAAGUGCAAAGAAAGAUUCAGUACUCACCCAGUGUGAGGUACAUAUAGUUACUCUGUCACCAAAUGCAAAUGUACAGGCAGCCUCUGAUGAGCUGAGUCAUGGGUCGUCACAGGACCAGGACACAUCCCAUACUGUACAUGAUAGUGGGAGCACUGAUGAGGCUGGUGUGUUCAAAUCAAGUGCUGCAAGAAAAGAUGACGAUGAGGAGGAGGAAGAGGAGGAAGAGGAAGAGAAGGAUGAUGGGAAGGAGAGCGAUGAGGGUAACGAGAUGGAGGGAAUGAAAGCCGAGACGAUGGAGGAGAGUCCAGGAUCAUCAAGUAGAAAAAGGAAACAUAACACACGUGCGAACCAACAGGCAAAGAAACCAGCUACAGAAGAAGUGAAGUCCAUGCUGUCGGAAUUCAUUGAUGCUCCUCCAGAUUCAGAGUGAUGAUUUAGGGGGAGGGGUGAGGGGGGAGGGGGAAGAUAUUAUAAAGUCUGAACUGAUGGAUGGAUUUUAAUUAUUUUUUUUUAAAGAUCAGUAAAUUUAUUUCUGAUUCCCUUUCCUUUUAUCCAUACCACAGACUACCAUAGGCAAAACCAUGUGGGUUAACACACUUAUUUGAUACUCAUUAGUUCUCCCUGACAAUUUCACUACUACUGUAGUUAACCUUAGGUAAUAUAGUGUAUGCCAAGUUGAACAAUUUGGUAAUGUGUUUUUCUUAGAGUAUACAUACCACAAUAAUAAUUCAUUUUAAUUUGAAAUUUAAACACCAGUCCUCCAGUGACCUUGCAAAAAAUGUCUGUUCAUUGGAACUAUGUUCUUAUCUGUUCUGUUUUCUUUAUACCGAUUACCUUGGAGGAUCCACAAUUAUAUGCUCAUUCUUUAAAACCAUUAUCAAUGUUAUAAUUCCUCAAGUUUGUUAGCUCAUAUUAAAUGUCAUCAGCAAAUUUUGAUAAUUGGAAAUCCGUAUGUCUGUUGCUUCAAUUGAUUUCAGUGAUAUAUCUUCAGGGCUAAAAUGUUAUACCGGUAAGCAACAGAAGCAAAAGAUACGUACCAAUCCUCUGUCAAGUCACAUAAUAAAGUAUGUGAGGUGGAAUGAA